AGUAGACAUCGCUUGGCAUUGCGUCAGCAGGAGGCGUCGAGAGCACUUCGGCGACAACCUGUUACUGCAUCGCCUCGAAAUUCGUAGAUAAGUCAAAUAAUUAACACUAUCGCGGAGUGGAAGCCACGUCGCAAAUAGUCUUGUUUCACUUUUAUUGCCGCGAAAAGGUUAGGUCAUGACUGGAAGGUGAUAUCGUCACUAUGGCGUUAACACACGGAAAGAUAAAGCGCGAGCGCUGCACGUAGGCAUAUUCGCCGACGAGUACUGACUACGGGAUAGCUACGGGUUCAGAUAGAAACGCUCUCGACAAGGGCUCGGUUGGAAGCAUGUACCUUGACGCGCCCGCACGUAAGAGUUCAGGUAUGAUGUGGAUGUUUAACUACAUCCUCAGGUGGUUUCAAUCCCUGAUUUUAAGGAUUGUCAAGACCGGCCAGAUGCCUAGACACGUGGCAUUAAUCAUGGAUGGGAACAGACGUUAUGCGAAUAAAAGGAAUUUGGCAAAGGGGGAGGGACACUCGAGAGGGUUUGAUAAAUUGAUCGAGACGCUAAAUUGGUGCAUGGACCUCGGCAUUACGGAGGUCACGGUGUAUGCUUUUAGUAUAGAAAAUUUUCAACGUACCGAGGAGGAAGUCGACGAACUCAUGAAGCUUGCAAAGCAGAAGUUCAGGCGUCUCUUGGACGAGAGGGAAAAACUGCACGAGGCUGGACUUUGCAUUCGUGUGAUUGGCAAUUUGUCCUUGCUCCCAAAAGAUUUAUGCAAGUUAAUUGCCGAAACUAUUGUAAUCACUAAGGAUAAUAACAAAGCAAUUUUAAAUCUUGCUUUUCCUUAUACAUCAAGGGAUGAAGUUACUAGUGCAAUUAAGGAUAUAGGAAGAGGUGUAAAGCGUGCUGAAAUUCUGCCAGAAGAUGUUGAUGAAGACCUGGUGAGUGACUGUUUGUACUUUAACAGAUCUCCAAAUCCGGAUUUAUUAAUUCGUACUUCUGGAGAGACUCGACUUAGCGAUUUCCUCAUGUGGCAAAUUGCUGACACCUACAUCUACUUCACCGAUGUAUUGUGGCCUGAAUUUAGUAUAUGGAAUUUUCUUGGUGCAAUCUUUAAUUAUCAAAGAUGCUAUCCUGAGUUGCAAAAAAAUAAGAAAACUAAACCAAUCGUGCGUAACAACAGGGUAUCUACGUUUCUUGAUAAAUUACAACGCGAACGCGAUAUCGCGAUACAUAAUAUGUAUGUAUCUGAUCUACCUGAUUAAUCAGCCGUUCAUUCCUAGAAACAUAAACUAUAUAUUCACGAGAUAGAAUAAAACCAGAGUCAAAACUAAUGAAUUAUAUUGUAAUGGACAGUUAGCUCAAAGCAGUAAGUCCAGUAAAUAUAAGUAUCAGUGAGAUAUGAUAAAAAUGCAUUUACUGCUAAUUCUCCGUUACAAUGUAAUUGAUUAGUUUUGUCUCGGGUUUUAUUUUAUCUCGUGAAUAUAUUUUUCGCAAAUUUUCUCUAAUUAUAAUUGCCAGUUGCGUCGUUUAUCAAUUUUCCUACAUCGGUUAAUUAUUAAUGUACUGGCGACAGUAAGUCUUAAUUCAUGAAUAAAUGUUUACCAAAUUAUUGCAGCAAUUAAUUUGUUCGUACUGUUUUGUGCAUCAACAAAACUAAUUGUGAGAAAAAUUUCCAUCGGAUAAACCAAUGAAAUAGUGUUUCCGAUGGUUAAUUUUCUCUAUUAA